CAACGACCUAGCCGCCGACCUGAGCAAGACGCAAUCCGAUUGGUCGGCGAUGCUGCUGUUUGUGCACACGUAGUUCUCACGCCUGACAGAUCCUUUAUAUUCCCUCGCUCAGAGCCCAGUGACUGUCUCCCUAUACGUCCGAAAUCCAGACAUUCACCCACUUACCUGGCCGUAGUUGUGUUCAGAAGCAAACAUGACUCCUCUGUGGAUGGAUGUUUGUCUGAUUGUGUUCCUCGCCACCGUCGUCUCUGUUGGGUCCACACAAGCACAUGUCCGAGUGAAGCGGAAGCCUGGAGACCGCCCUAAACCAGGUCAGUGCCUCACCUUCAACAAAGGCGGCACUAGUGGAUUCCAUUAUUACGCCUGCUGCAACAACAUCAACGGAACCGACAAAUCCUGCGAUGGACGAACCUACCAGAGAGCGUCAACUACAAGCUACUGCAACUCCGGGGGAACGGACAACGGAAACGGGGUCAUUAAGGCGGAGUUUGCCUGUGGGGGUUGUCCAGGCCAAGGGAUUGUUGCUAAGAAAUGCAAGCCAAUGAAAAUAUUUAACAUUCCUGGGACAUGCUGGCUGUUCACGAAGUGUUUCAAAAAAUAUUGCAAAAAACGCUACAGUGUCCAGAGCAGCGGUUUAAAUAUGCAGGUUGUCGAUCCAUCUAGUACAUCAAUGCCUGACACCUGUUACAAUACAGUGUGCGAGACUGGUGAAACUCCAGACAACUGCCCUGUAGACUGUUGCUUCAAGAUGAACCCAUCUCAGUGUACAUGGGUUACCAAUGGCACGUGCAUUCCGGAGUUCUGUGACACACCUUCUUGCUCAGAAAGUGGUGGUACUGGGCUCUUCUCGGCCAAACACACAUCCAAUAUUGGCGGGUUGGUUCUUGGGUUAGUGAUACUGUCCCUAUAUAUGCAUGAGUAUGAAUGACGUUUUGUUUUGCAUUCCGGAGUUCUGUGACACACCUUCUUGCUCAGAAAGUGGUGGUACUGGGCUCUUCUCGGCCAAACACACAUCCAAUAUUGGCGGGUUGGUUCUUGGGUUAGUGAUACUGUCCCUAUAUAUGCAUGAGUAUGAAUGACGUUUUGUUUCUUUGAUUCUCGACUAUUAAGAAACAGUUGUCACAUUCUCAUCCAUAUGCAUUAUGUUAGGAAUCGAACCCGGACCUUUGGUAAAGCGAGUGAACGUCAUAACGACUAGGCUAACAUACCUUUCCAAUUAAAUGACAUGUGAAAAAGGUAGGUUCAUACUAAUUGUCUCAUUACUUUACAGGGCGGUGGUAAGGUUCACUAGGUUCUCUUGCGAGGCCAAAUGCCUAGGUUCGAUUCUCUACAUGGUUACAAUAUGUUAUGUCCAUUCGUCAUGUCUAUCGUUUCCAGAUACUGCUGAACUAUCCUUCAAAACCAUACCCACAAACUCAUUCAUUCAGAAAGAGAAAUUGGUAUCAUCAUUUUUAUCCUCAGAAAGCAAUAGAUGACAUUUGUAGAUGUAUAGAAUGAAAAUAAUUAUUCCCAGUAUUCUCAUUUUGAGACUGGUUUCACUCUUGGCACAGUCACCUGAGGCGCCAUCAGUUGCGUUCAAAUCCCUGUUUGUUUAUCAAGGUUUGUCAGGAGCAAACAUGUGGUUCACCUCGUGGAACACAUCCAUGACCCUCAUCACUGUCCUCCCACAUCCAUGACCCUCAUCACUGUCCUCCCACAUCCAUGACCCUCAUCACUGUCCUCCCACAUCCAUGACCCUCAUCACUGUCCUCCCACAUCCAUGACCCUCAUCACUGUCCUCCCACAUCCAUGACCCUCAUCACUGUCCUCCCACAUCCAUGACCAUCAUCACUGUCCUCCCACAUCCAUGACCCUCAUCACUGUCCUCCCACGACCAUGACCAUCAUCACUGUCCUCCCACAUCGUGCUGGCACACAAAUCCAGCCUCACAAAGUUGACAUUCCAUCAAGCAAGAAUCAGGACUUCACGAAAAGAAAGCAUUUGGAAGCCAUCGAAAUCCACCGCCACCAACCUUUGAUCAACAGAGGCCAGUGACACUACAUACCAUCUGCCCAGGAAGAAUUAAUCAAGCUAUAUACUCUAUCACCAACCUUUGAUCAACAGAGGCCAGUGACACUACAUACCAUCUGCCCAGGAAGAAUUAAUCAAGCUAUAUACUCUAUCACCAACCUUUGAUCAACAGAGGCCAGUGACACUACAUACCAUCUGCCCAGGAAGAAUUAAUCAAGCUAUAUACUCUAUCACCAACCUUUGAUCAACAGAGGCCAGUGACACUACAUACCAUCUGCCCAGGAAGAAUUAAUCAAGCUAUAUACUCUAUCACCAACCUUUGAUCAACAGAGGCCAGUGACACUACAUACCAUCUGCCCAGGAAGAAUUAAUCAAGCUAUAUACUCUAUCAACGCACCCUAUCAGCCUAUUGCUACUACUAAUCCUCCUUGUUUAUUGGCUUCGUCACCAGUGCUUUUUUGUUGUUCUUUGUUCUCCAACUGGCCUCUUCGUAUUAUGUACCACUUGUUAUUGAAUUACAUGCUGUUGCUGAUGUUAAUCUGUUGUGGUUGUAGUCACCUUUAGCUUGAUAACCAUGUCAGAAGCUACAUUGAAAAGUCGCUCUAUGCAAUAAACAAGAAGUUGUCAUCCA